AUGACGGCGGGAGCGACGCAACCGGGAGCAUCGAAUUCGUGUCCCGUCCAGGACGAACAUGAAAGAAUAGCAAGUGAGCAGAGGGGCAAUGAACUAAGGAAAGAAUGGCAAGAAUAUUUGGGUACGAAUUCCCAGCGUACUGGACUACCUGCCCAAGGUGUAACCAUUCCGGUAACUGAAGUAUGUAUGAAGCAAGAAGGCAACAGUUUAUGUGAUCGACUAAAAUGUGCAAGAACACAUUGGGAACUGAAGAACAACGGGCAGGGACAACCGAAGGAUUUCUGGGACAACAACGUCAGUGACAAAUUGAACAAUCUCUUUAAUGGGACUACUACUGGUAGUACUACCACCACAAGUACCUAUUGCAACGACAAUUCUAUGGACAAUGCAAAUAAGGAGGCUUGCGAACUCAUUACUGCUAAAUUAGAACAAAUGUACCAAAAUAAGAAUGGUGACCCUAACAAAUAUUCUAAUCAAAUGAUACAAUGUCUUUUAUUAAAGGAAUAUGCUAAAAAAUUAAAAAAAAAAGCAAAAGAAGGAGGGUAUUGUAGCAUAGAUAAAGGGAUAAGUCACGCUUUUACCCAAAUUAAAAGCAUUAUGGAGAAAUCAGGAGACCACUGCAAAGGUUCUAGCGCUGCUAAUUGUUUUGAAUGCAAAUGGGGGAAUGACGACACCACUAAGAACGAACUUGAUCAGUGCACCAUUCCCAAUGGCACCACCCUCAACGCCAAAGUAAAGGACGAAGUGGUUAAAUUGUUCGAAGGUAACACCCAAACGAAGGGGGACGAAGUACACAAAACCUUAACUGAUUUUAAUAAUAAAAACCCCCUCUGUGAGCGUCUCCAAUGUUUAGCAACUGAAGGACAAGCUCAAAAGGGCAACAACAACUUCUGGGAAGUCGGCGGCGAAGUCGCCAAAUUAUGGCAAGAAUUGGCAGAUAAAGUGAAGGGGACAAAUGGCACAGGCAGUUCAAAUGAAUGUGAUGCAAUGCAAAAUCCGUCUGAUAAGGCGGCAUGCAAUUUUUUGCAUGCCGGCUUCGAAGAACUGUAUAAGGCGCCGGAUGCGACGUCGGCGGCGCCGACGUCGCCGUCGCCGUCAGGCGACGACAUCUUAUCUACGAAACACCCAUCGUUUAGACAAACGAUGGGUUGUUUCUUACUUCACGCUUAUGCAAAACAUAUGAAAAGCAAAGCAAUUUGUAAUAUUGAUAAGGGGAUACAACAGGCAUUUGAUUUGUGGAAGGAACCAAAGAAUAAGGCACCUGGUACUUGCAGUGGCACUGGCAAGGGACCUUGUGUCCCUUGCCAAUGGGACAAAGACAAGGAAUGGGAGAAAUGCAAAAUUAAGACAAAUGGACCCUCUGCCGCAGAGAAGGCAGUAAAGGAGGAAGUGGAAGAAAUUGUCAAGGUGGAUGACCCAAACACUAACUCCAUCAUGGAGAACAUAAAUACCAUGACCACUUUAUGUGACCAUAUGGAAUGUAUAGCAUCCCACUUAAAUUCCUCUACCGGACAGCAGAAAGCGAAGAAUUUUUGGGAGGAGGGAAGUGGCGAGGUCCAUAAGUUGUGGCAAGAAUUAGCAGAGGCCAUGAUGGCACCAAGCGUAAACGGACAAUGUAAUCAAAUGGAUGAUAAUGGCAGAACUCCCACCAACCCUGAAAGAAAGGCAUGCCAAUAUCUUACAGCAGGUUUCAAAAAACUGAAGCAACUUACACCGACUGCAACGUCUAAAAACAAGGAAUAUCCAAUCUUAUCCGAACAUGCAUCGUUUGUCCAAACGAUGGGUUGUUUCUUACUUCAUUCUUAUGCAAAAAAAAUGGAAAGCGACGCCAAAUGUUCAGUGGAAUCAGGAAUAAAGAAAGCUUUCGAGACUGCUGGUAAAGAUUUAAAGGGGGGACAAUGCAUAUGGGGUGGUAGCGAAUAUGAAAGUUGCCAAAUUAACGCAAUUGUCACAAAUGCCAAAACAGAGAAGACGCCAGUAAAGAACAAAUUAAAACAAGUUAAGAACAAAAUUGACGGCACCCUAACUAACACCAUGAAGGACAUGAACGAAACAAAGUCUCUAUGCGCCAAACUCCAAUGUGCCGCAGGGAAGUGGUUCGAAAAGCACAGUAAGGGUAACGGUGGUAGUGGUACUGAUAAGAAGACUUGGUGUGAAUUUUGGGAGCAGGGGGUCAGAACAGCAUUGCAAACAAUGUUCAAGGAAGUCGGGAUGAAGGGACAGAGCAGUGCAACCAACCCUAAUGCUGUAUGUAAUGAUUUUGGCGAUGGUAAUGUUGAUAGUGUUGAAAGAAGAGCAUGUAGUUAUAUCACAGCAGGGUUACAACACAUUAAAGAGAUUCCAAAUAGUAUUACUGCCAAGCAGCCUGAUGGUAAUGAGAACCAACUGCUUCAACAAGCAGUGGGUUGUAUUGCUCUUAACAUGUACGCUGAUAAAAUAAUCGAAUUGACGGCGAAAAAUUGUCCCAUUGAUGAAUCUAAAAUAAAAGAAAUGUUUGAAAAAUGGAAUGCAAAUAAUAAAAUUCCGUGUCCGACCUCUGCUGGUAAUACCAAAGAUUGUUCUGUUUGUGAUAGGGUAUCAAACUCAGAACUUAAGAAUUGCCAACUAAGUGUUGACAAAAAUUUGAUUAAUACCCCCAAAAAUGGAAGUUGCCCUGAUGACAACGACAAAGACAAAGUCCACACUCAAAUAAACAAAUUUCUCGAAGACAAAGACCAAUCCCCAUCCAAAUCCAUCUCUGAAGUGAAUACCACCUUAACUUCUAUCACUAACAUUUCGACCUCUUCUUUCUGUACUCAACUCCAAUGUGCAGCAAAAAAAUACGCAGAAGAAAAAAAGGGAACACCACUAUCUUCGGACGAAUUCUGGGGGGAGACUAGCGAAGGAGGACAAUUGUGGACAGAAUUGUCCAACGCCAUGAAGGCAACUGAAGGAAACGGGAGCGGAACUGAAUGUACUACAGUGGAUGAUAAUGGUGGCAGAGAUGCCACGGACCCUGAAAAAAGGGCAUGCAAUUAUUUGCAUGUCGGCUUAAAACAACUGUACAAACCGGGUACCUCGACAACAGGGAACAAUGGUAUCCUGUCUGGACACCCAUCCUUGAGACGAACGUUGGGUUGUUUACUCCUUAGGGAAUAUGCAAAGAAAAUGAAAGAAACAUCAAAAUGUGUCAUUGAUUCUGGUAUAGAGAAGGCAUUUAAGGCAUUUCAAAAUAAUAAUACUUCAUGCACGAACAGUAAUGGUCCGUGCAUUGAAUGUAAAUGGGAAGACAAUAUUGACAGUUGUACCGUGGCGCCUGGCACAGAUGUUAUGCAAAUGAAGACCAAAAUUGGUACUUUGCUCGAGCAGAAAAAAAAAGAAAUGGAAGCAACCAUGAAGGAAAUAAAUGUAAUGUCCACUUUAUGCGACUACAUUAGAUGCGCCGGACCCAAAUGGUUCAAAAACCACAUGAAAGGAAGUACUGGUACUAAUAAGAAGGAUUGGUGUGACUUUUGGAAGGAGGGCGUCGGAGACGCACUCCAGAGCAUGUUCAAGGAAAUCGAGAAGAAUGGAAAGGACAAAUCACAGAACAACAAAGAUGAUGUAUGCAAUAAUUUUGGUGAUGGUAAUGAUGAUAGUGUUGAAAGAAAAGCAUGUAAUCAUAUCACGGCAGGUUUACAAUACAUUAAAACAAUUGAAGGUAGUGACAACGGCCAAAAUACAAAUGUAAAUGCAAGAGCAAAGGCUGAUGACAUAUUUUUUAAACAAACUAUGAUGUGCACAGCACUUAACCUUUACGCAGAUAAAAUAAAAAAAGAAACGGACAAAGUUUGUCCCAUUGGUGAAGAUAGAAUAAAUCAGAUGUUCGAUGAUUGGAAUAAAAAAAAUAAUAUUUUGUGUUCGGUUAAUGGUGUCAGUAAUAAUAAUUGUUUUACGUGUGGAAGGAAUGAAAAGUUUGGUUCUUGCGACCUCCUCCUUGAUGAAAACCUCAUUGGAACACCACAAAGUGGACAAAAUUGCAAUAAUAACGGCAGCGACAAUAAAGACGUCCCCAAAAAAAUGAAUAAACUCCUCCAAGAAGAAUCAAAAAUGGACGAAACAUUAACCAACAUAAAUGAAAUGAAAUCUUCUUUCUGUACUCAAGUCCAAUGCGCAGCAAAGAAAUGGAAAUCGUCCAAAAAUGGCAAAAAUGGCCUAGUUGGAACACUAUCUUGGGGUGCCUUGAGCGAUGAGAUCGGAAAGGAAUUAACGGAACUUUUAAAAGAUAUGAACAGCGCUACAAAGCAGUCGGACGCUGCCAAAUAUUGCAAUGACAACAACCCCCCAUGGUAUAAACUUGGCCAUAAAGAAAGGAAAACAAAUAAAGCAGCUUGUUUGCUUUUUGCUGCAGGACUGCAGCACAUUUAUACCCAUGGUAAUGGCCGUGUUAACGGCCCAUCGUUUGAACAAACGAUGGGUUGUUUAUUUCUUAAAGAAUAUGCAAAACAAUUGCAAACAAUGGCAAAUAAGAAGAAACAAGGAAAUAGUUGGGUACAUCCUAAAUGUGACAUAGAUAAGGGCAUAGAACAUGCUUUCAAUCAAAGUAAUGCCAUUAUGAGUGCAACAUCUCCAUGCAACAAGAAUGGUAGUACUAAUUCUUGUUUUGUGUGCAUACAAAACGAAGGUUAUGAAACUUGCAGAAUUGGCACUGACAGUGUAAAGGGCAAUGUGGAACCACUACUCCAAUCAGAACAAACCCAUAUGCAACAAACAUUAGAGAAUACAGUCUGUCCCAUCCUUCUUACGGAUCUCCUUACCCCUUUUCUUCCUUUGGCUCCUGUCUCCAUUGGUCUUUCGGCUAUGGCUUAUUACCUUUGGAAGUAUUUUGGUCCUCUUGGUAAAGGAGGACCACGUUUCAGAAGAUCUCCUACUGAAAUUCCUGGUCCAUCAGUACAAGAACAAGUCCUCGAUCAUGUGCAGCAAGAUAGUUCACAUGAAUAUCGAUUGGUGAAGGAACGAAAACCUCGUUCUGCUCCAACUAGAACGAAACGUUCUGGUCCCGUGAAUCGUCGCACGAUUAUUGAAAUUCAUUUUGAAGUGUUGGAUGAAUGUCAAAAAGGGGACACACAAUUGAACCAGAAGGAUUUUCUGGAACUUUUGGUUCAAGAGUUCAUGGGAUCCGAAUUAAUGGAAGAAGAACAGGUUCCUAAGGAAAAUGUUCUUAUGGAAGAGGUUCCUAUGGAACGUGUUCCAAGUUUAGGUUCCGGGUUACUGGUUUAA